ACCUUCCUUGGAGCAAGACAUCAUGACCAGCCAGUCUCAAGGGAUCCAACAGCUCCUGCAGGCAGAGAAAAGGGCCAAGGACAAGCUAGAUGAGGCAAAGAAAAGAAAAGGAAAGCGACUGAGGCAAGCUAAGGAAGAAGCUGUGGCGGAGACGGACCAGUACAGAAUGCAGAUGGAGAAGGACUUCCGCCUGAAGCAGUCUAAGAUAAUGGGCUCUCAGAGCCACCUCUCGGAUGAAAUAGAAGAGCAGACACUAGAGAAGAUCAAAGAAUUGAACGGAAGCUACAACAAGUGUAUGGAAAGUGUGAUUAAGCAGCUGUUGAGCAUGGUGUGCGACAUGAAACCAGAAGUCCAUGUGAACUACAGAGCCACCAACUGAAUGUGCUCCACACAUUUAAGUCCAUAGGCAUAGAGUGGGAUACACGUUCUGUUGAUAUUAAAGAACUGCAACUGUGCACCUGACGUUUACUAUAAACUUUCAUGUCACAUAUUUAAUAUAUGUCACAGAACUAAAAAA